AUGCAAGGUUUUGUUAAAGAAGGAUAAAAUUCAAAAUUAUGUCAUACGAUACAAUACUAAAUUAAAAGAAGCAGUUUUGAAACUAAAGUAAAACCUUUUUCAGAUGAUUUUAAUAAUGUUUGUAGGAUAGGUAAGAAUAUUUAGAAUGGUUCGAUAACUUUAAGAAUACAUUCUUUUAGAAAUCUUUCAAAGAGAGCUUAGUUUGUAAAAUAUUGAUUUAUAUUAGAUACUUACUCCUCAUAAAAAAAAAAGAGUAUUUGUACUUCCAUGCCAAUUACCAGCAAUAGGAUGUAAUGAGAAGAAAGCAAGAAUAAGUCUAAAAUUUCCUCCUUAGAAGAUAAAAAAAAUCUAUUGAGAUUUAUAUAAUUAAUAAUUAAUGUAAAUCAUAAGACU